CGGAUCUCGGCCCCGGCCUGGUUGCGCGGUCUGGUAGUAUAUAUAUAACUCGUCUCCUGCCCGCCUCGUUUGCACUGAAACGCACCGCGAGUGAAGACAUCCCCGUUGCAGUGAACAUACGGCCCCCCACAAGCUACAAGUGACAUCUCGCAUUCUACUUGUGGCCGAGGACUCUUCCACGACUUGAACACCAUACAUAGGCCAGGAAGAGAAACAGAGACAAGAGAGGAGACACACCACAGCCAUGGCAGACCCGUCGACCUCACCAUCCCUCAGCCGCGCCGGCGUCCAGGCCGCCCGCGAGCGCAUCCGGCCCUACGUCCACCACACGCCCACACUGACCAACGCAACCCUCACGGCACUGGCGUCGUCGCCCACGCCUCCCGCCAGCAGCGACGCGCAGAGCAAGACCGCCGAGACGGUCAGCUCGGCCGAGACCGAGGCCAGGGCGGAGGUCGGGCGGACCAACGGCGGAGCUGCCAAUGCACCAAAGGCCCCCGUCAUGAGGCUGUACUUCAAGUGCGAGAACAUGCAGCGGAUCGGGGCGUUCAAGGCCCGCGGCGCGUUCCAUGCGCUGGGCAGGCUGAUGGAUCAGCCCGGCUGGCUGGAGGGAGGCGGCAGGGAGAAAGGCGUCGUCACGCACAGCAGUGGAAACCACGCCCAAGCCCUCUCCCUUGCGGCGAGGCAGCACGGCAUCCCCGCACACAUUGUGAUGCCCACCAUCUCGCCUCCCCCCAAGAUCGCCGCCACAAAGGGCUACGGGGCCAACGUCGUCUUCAGCGGCUCCACGAGCACGGAGCGCGAGGCCGAGACCGCCCGCGUCAUGAAGGAGACCGGCGCCACGCUGAUCCCCCCUUACGACCACCCGGACAUCAUCCUGGGCCAGGGCACGCUGGGCCUGGAGCUGCAGGAAGACGCCGCGGCGCUCAUUGCCGCGGAGGAGGAGGCCACCGCCGGCGAGGCUCCCGCUUUCUUCGACUACCGCGCUCCCGCAAAGGGCCUCGACGUCAUCCUCGCCCCCUGCGGCGGCGGCGGCAUGCUCUCGGGCGUGGCCCUGUCCUGCGAGGGCACCGGGAUCAAGGUCUUUGGGUGCGAGCCCUCGCACCAGGGCGCCGACGACGCAAAGAGGGGCUACGAGUCCGGCACGCGCGUCGAGGCCGUGAAGUCUCUCACCAUUGCCGACGGCCUGCGCACGCCGCUGGGAAACUAUCCCUGGCAGGUCAUCUACGAGCGCCGGCUGGUCAGCGGCUUCUUCAGCGUCGACGAGAGGCAGAUCAGGGACGCCAUGCGGCUCGUCUACGAGCGCAUGAAGAUGGUCAUCGAGCCCAGCGGGGCCGUGCCGCUCGCCGUCGCGCUGUACAACGACGAGUUUAGGAACCUGGUGGCUGCCGAGGCUGGCGAGGAGGGCUGGGAUGUCGGGAUCGUGUUUAGCGGCGGCAAUGUCGAGCUCGAGGCGCUAGGGAAGUUGUUUGCUCCUGAGUAGUCAGCAGUGGGUGGCGAUGAUAAUGAUUAUGAGUAAAUAGGGAGAGAGUAUCGGCUAGAGACGUAGACGGAGACGAAAGAUAAGACACAUCCCUUGGCCGUUUGGGAGCCUUCACUUGAUCGCAUAUACACUGGUAGCCACAUGCAAGAAAGCGGAUGGAGCGCAGUUCUAGAAACACAAAGAGGUUGUUCGGGAUGCAU